GGAUCGAAGUCGAGCGAGUGGCCCAGUUAUGUGGAGUCUGGAAGGCUGACCCAGGAAAAGGCGGGCGGAGGAACGCGGGAGGAGGGAAUAGGUGGGAUGUCGGAGCAGUGAACCGAAUGGAAGGAUGUAUCAUCCGGCGUUGUGACUGCCUAUGGAUAUAUUCGGCCGUUGCAACGGCGGCGGCGGCGGAAGAAGCACGGUAUCCGGAAGCGGCGCUGGCUCGGUGAGGGGGUCCGGCAACGAGUCGAGCUGUAGAACAACGGCGAGCGGUGCCAGGGGGAGGGGCGGAACCGGCGGCAGGGUGCAGUUGGCAGGAGCCUCGGCUCCCGGCGUUGCCGCCUCGCCGGAGUCGGGCGGUUCUCCUUUGCCCGAUGCCUCCACCAAGAUGACCAGCGACAUCCUCGCCGCGAGGACUCUCGGCGACUCUGUCAGCGAGCACCCCGGAGAACUCGUGCGAACAGGCUCCCCGCACCUGGCGUGCACCGUCCUACCAGCCCAUUGGAGGUCGAACAAGACCCUCCCUGUCGCGUUCAAGGUGGUGGCCCUCGGCGAGGCCGGGGACCGUACCCCGGCCACCCUUCGUGCGGGCAACGACGAGAAUUGCUGCGCCGAGUUGAGAAACUCCACCGCCCUGAUGAAGAACCAGGUGGCCAAGUUCAACGAUCUGAGGUUCGUCGGGAGAAGCGGGAGAGGGAAGAGCUUCACGUUGACGAUUACCGUGUCCACGACCCCGCCGCAAGUCGCCACGUACACCAAGGCCAUUAAAGUAACCGUGGACGGGCCGCGAGAACCGCGAUCCAAGACCAGUGAGUAUCACUGGCAGCAGCAGCAGUUCCACGCGUUCGCGUUCGCCUCGCAGAGGGGCGGCCCGUUUUUCGCCUCGCCGCUGGUGGAUCCUUUGCAACCGUUGCCGAAUCCCCUUCAGCCGCUACCGAACCCGCUCCAGCCGCGGGAUCCGCUCUCCUCCUUCAGGCACGCGAUGCCGGCCAACUGUCAAAACAUGUCCCAGUUCGGUCUUACUGCGAGCAAUUCAUGGGGAUACGGGAGCACGGCCGGCUACGCUGGUUACCUUCCCGGCCCUUUGUCGUCGUGCGCGGCACAAGCGUCGUUCCCACCCCCGCCACCGCCACCUCCGCCACCACCCCCGUCCGGUGCAGGAUCCACGGCACAGCAGGAUGCGUUCUCAGCGGUGUCAUCCCUGGUCCCAGACUCGACGACGACGGGCCAGUCCGACCCGCUCGACCCGUUGAGCAGCCUGAUGUCGGGUACGCCGAGUCAGAGGUACCAGGACUACGUGUCACCCAGAUCCCUGUCCACGGACUCGAGCACGACGGAGAGCCCCGUUCACGAGGAGCAAGGAUUCGGACAGAAUUACGGCAACUACUUCCCGACGCCCGGCGUCCUGCCCAGCAUCCUCUAUUCCCAAUUGUACGGGAACCAGUUCCAGAAUUCGGAGAGUCCCGAGCAGAGAGCGGUGGCGGACAGUUGCAGCGUGAGGCAAGAGGAAGUGAGACCGGACAACAACGUGUGGAGGCCUUAUUAAGAUCCAAGAGAAGAGAACUCGUUUGUUGUGAGGUCGUGAGUUGGAGAGAAUUUUUCGUGAUGGAAAAAUCUCGUGUCUCGUGGACGAUUGAUAACGAUAUUGGAUCACUUGGGGAGACGAGCGAACUGUGAUCGGCGUGUGGAUGUGUGGGGACUCGAGGUGUUGUUGUUCGAACGAGCGAACGGG